CAAAUCAAGAUGGCGUGCCACGAUGAAACAGGAAAGAGAUUUCAAAUUGAAUAAGACCGAUUUAGAGAACAGUUUGAAUACAAGUGUCAUCUUCACAUGACACUAUUUGGCUUUUGGAAGAACAAGACGGAGUAGGUUAAGAGAGACUAAAUGGCUGCGAGGAAGUCUGGGUCAGAUACCUAUAAUAAUGGACCCAUAAGCUACCUUGAUGAUGUUCCCUUCAAGAUUAAUGAUAAGUUUUGCUGCCCAGCGAAAGUGGGGCUGCCUGUUGGCUUCUGCUUGCCCAACUGUGGCUCCAUGCUUGCCGACAUGCAGUAUGAUUUUUCCCUAGAGAAGCGAAGUGUGCGCUGGGGGUUGGAGCUGGCAGAGGCCAGAGCAGCUGAGGCCAGAGCAGAAGAGGCUGCAGCAGCCAGGCAGGAGGACGAGAGAAAGGAGCACGUGGCCCAAGCCCAGGAUAUAGACAGUGAGGGAGGAAAGAGACCCCAGCCAGCUGCAGAGGACCAGGACCCUCCACCCCCAGCACUGAACCCUGUUCUGGCAGGGUUGAGCCAUAAUGCCAUCCUCACCCCACUGCCAGCCCCUAGCCUUGGCCCAAGGAAGAUGCAGCCGAGCACUCCUCAGCUGCACUGCCUUAACCUGGCUGACUUUGAGCGAGAGGAGGACCCCUUUGACAAGAUUGAACUCAAGACUUUGGAUGAUAAGGAAGAGCUCCGCAGCAUCCUUCAGAGCCAGCCACACCCCCAACCACCUCCUCCUGUGUCCCCGCCAGAGGCCACCCAGCUUGGACCAGCUUCAUGCCGCAACAGCCCAUCUCCUCCCAGCACUAACACCAGCCUCUUAGCCAAACCAGGCUUUGCCCAGAAACCCAAUGGCCUUGUUGCUUUGCUAGAUAUGAACAGAGCUGGGAGUCCUAUAAGAGGAGGGCUAGACACAGACGAUCGGCCCUGCAACAUCCGCUCUCUUAGCUUCCCCAAGCUGUCGGAUCCUGGUGACUCUGCCCCUUCCCCUGUGAGUUAUAGCCCACUCCCCAUCCCAGUCCCUACUCCCAGACGGAACCUACCUAAUGGCAGCCCUCCGGUUCUACCUACGUCCCAAGUUAUUGUUGCUCCAGAGUCAGCUGAACAAACAAAGAUUGGUGCACCAAAGCAAUCCAACACAGGAUCAGGGCCUACUGGUUUGCCAUGCGGCGGUGCCCUACUCAGCUUGACCCCCAGUGAGCGUCAGUGUGUGGAAACCAUUGUAGGCAUGGGUUAUUCUUAUGAGGGCGUGCUACGAGCCAUGCAGAGGCAAGGACAGAACGUGGAGCAGGUGCUCGACUAUCUAUUUGUCCAUGGGCGUCUGUGUGAACGUGGCUUUGAUGCCACUGCUGUGGAGGAAUGUCUGGAGAUGUACCAGUGCUCUGAGGAAAAGGCCUUGCAGUUCCUUGAGCUGAUGUCAAGGUUUGGCGAGAUGGGCUUUGAGCGGGAGGCCAUCAAAGAGGUGUUGCUGGUCCACAACAAUGACCAGGACAAGGCUCUGGAGGACCUGAUGGCCCGUGCCUCAGCCAGCUGAGCCAAACUAGACAGCCAGAAAUUGCCCAGCCCAGUCCAGGGCUUGCCUCCCUCCGCCACUCCACACAGCCUCCCUCAUUUUGCCUAUGCUGUCACACCAUGUCCUUCCCUUGCCCUGUCUAUGGAGGGGACAGCUGGGAUACAGUUCUGUUUCCCUCUGUGUGCUAAAAUAUACAUCUCAGCUCUUCUGAAAGACUGUGCCCAGAGUGAAGAGAGGUCAACUUAUAAGGUGUCGGGGUUUUAAGAAGUCCUGGGUUUGGGGUCCACAUUAAGUACUGCUUGAGAAUUCAAGGACAGGUUCUUGUGUAGAGGAGAUUGCAAAUAUUGGGCUAAUGCAUUUAGAUUCCAUGCUGAGCAGCUGGCACUUUCAAUGGCGUGGCUGACGCUGGGUGGGGCUGCAGGACUGAAAUGGGAGGAACCUGGAGCCAGGCUCUUAGCGUAUCAGAGGAAGAACAGUUUCAAACACUGACACUCUGCCAAGUAAGCUGCCAUCUUCCACUGCUUACUGCAGACCUAUUGAACAAAUUGCUGAGGGGAUACGGGACCCCUGAGAAAACUCUUAAGACUGUACUGACUAACAUCAAAAUCUAAAAUACCCAAAAGUGCACGGCCAGCAGACAGAGAACCGACUCCCAAGAAGUGCCCUCUCUGUUCUGGCGACAAGCAACCAGUUGUGAUCUUCUCUCUUUGACUCAUCAUUUAUCUGCUUUUGUUUAUUUUGUCCUAUAUGUUCUGAGGAUCACUUUUUCAUGUCAGCUUAGAUAUUUCCUUUCUUUGUUUUUUUGUUUUUGUUUUGGGAACUGCAUAAUUUAUCUGUAAAGUCAUAAUUUUAACCUUAUAACUGCUACUACUGCCCCAACCUGCGGCUCUUCAACCUGCACUGGAAUAGACUGCUGAAGGAGUGCAGCAAGAUAGGAGGGGAAGUUCCUCUGCGAAAAAUAUUAAAACAUGUCCCAACACAGAUCCCUCUGGCACUGGUGUGUCCAAUACUGCACAGGCACACACGUUUGAUAGAUUAUUUACUUAUUUAAAAUAGUUCACUGACACUUUCAUUUAAACAUAAGGAAUUUGAUACGAUUAAAGUACAAAUCUGUAUGAUGCACAAAAAUCACAGUAUGACAUAUUUGAAACUUUCAGUUGUCAUGGGUUUCUGUAUGUAGACUGGAAAAGAGUCAUUGGUGAAAAAGUAAAAAAAAAAACAACAAAAAAACAAAUGGGGGUUGUUUGUAAACCACAAUAUAGUGCAAUAGAUAUUUCAUGAUGUGUGACUUUCUACUGUAGGCUGAAUUUCAGUCUCGGUAAUUUUGGAAGAUAAGGUGUAUAAUGCCUUGCUGGAAUUUGGCGGGAAACAGAAAAGGAGAGAUGUUUCAUUUCACUGAUUACUGUCAUUUGUUCUUCUCUCAGAGUCAUUGGAAUAAAAUUUGAAAUAA